AUGGAAAAACUUGUUGCUGUCUUGCUGGCUAUAGUGUUAGCUCUUGGAGCAAUUCAAGAGGGGAAAUCUCAUAAAGACCAACCUUUGUCAGGAAUUGCUAUCCACAAGACGACAUUCCAUCUCAAUGAAAAAGCUUCUGUCAAAGCCUCUCCAACAAUUCUUGGAGCUAAUGGUCAAGAUAGCGAGUGGGUGUUGGUUGAAUAUACUUCUCCACACGCAUCCAAUGAUGAUUGGAUUGGAGUAUUUUCUCCUGCAGAUUUCAAUGCUUCAAUUUGCCCUGCGGAAAUAGAAUACGUCGAUCCACCUCUGCUUUGUUCUGCCCCUAUCAAGUUUCAAUACGCUAACUAUAGCAACACAAGAUACAUAAGUACGGGGAAUGCUUCGUUGAAGCUCAACCUGAUCAACCAGCGAUCUGAUUUCUCCUUUGGACUCUUUUCUGGCGGUUUAUUGAAUCCAAAGCUUGUGGCAGUCUCAAACAAAGUAGUCUUUGAGAACCCAAACGCACCGGUUUACCCUAGACUGGCGCUAGGCAAAGAAUGGGAUGAAAUGACAGUAACAUGGACCAGUGGCUAUGGUCUUGACGUAGCAAAACCUGUUGUGGAAUGGGGCAUUAAAGGAGAAGAGCGUAAACUCUCACCUGCCGGGACACUAACAUUUGGACAAAACAGCAUGUGUGGUGCUCCUGCAAGAACCGUGGGAUGGCGUGAUCCCGGAUACAUACACACAGCUUUUCUCAAAGAAUUGUGGCUUAGUGCCAAAUACACCUAUAGAAUUGGGCAUAAAUUGUCCAGUGGUGCACUCAUCUGGAGUAAAGAGUAUCAGUUCACAUCUUCUCCUUUUCCGGGUCAAGAUUCUCUUCAACGUGUUGUGAUCUUUGGAGACAUGGGAAAGGCGGAGGUUGAUGGCUCAAAUGAGUACAAAGAUUUUCAACGAGCUUCACUCAACACCACAAAGCAGCUUAUUAGAGACCUAAACAACACUGAUGCAGUUUUCCACAUUGGAGAUAUCUGUUAUGCAAAUGGAUACCUUUCGCAGUGGGAUCAGUUCACAGCUCAGAUUGAGCCAAUUGCUUCCACUGUUCCAUACAUGAUUGCAAGUGGAAACCAUGACCGUGUCUGGCCCAACUCCGGUUCCUUCUAUCAAGGUCUAGACUCUGGAGGAGAGUGCGGUGUACCAGCACAGACAAUGUUCUAUGUUCCUGCUCAAAACAGAGCCAAGUUCUGGUACUCGAGUGACUAUGGAAUGUUCAGGUUCUGUGUGGCCAACACAGAUCUCGACUGGAGAGAAGGAACAGAGCAGUACAAGUUCAUAGAGCAAUGCUUAGCAUCAGUGGACAGGCAAAAGCAGCCGUGGCUGAUAUUCCUUGCUCAUCGCGCGCUCGGUUAUUCCUCAGGGGAUUUGUACGGCAAGGAAGGCACUUUUUCCGAACCAAUGGGCAGAGACAGCCUACAGAAACUCUGGCAAAAGUACAAAGUCGACAUUGCAGUUUAUGGCCAUGCACAUCACUACGAGAGGACAUGCCCUGUUUACCAGAGUACAUGUACGAGUUUUGAGCUGAGCCACUACAAGGGUCCAUUGAAUGGGACGAUCCACGUUGUUGCUGGAGGUGGAGGAGCUGGUCUUUCUCGUUUCUCUGACUGGAUUCCGAAAUGGAGUCUUAUCAGAGAUGAAGACUUUGGAUUCGUGAAGCUUACAGCUUUGGAUCACUCCAGUCUUCUCUUUGAGUACAAGAAGAGCAGCGACGGACGAGUGCAUGACUCGUUCAGGAUGUCAAGAGACUACAGAGACGUCUUGGCUUGUGCUGCUGACAGUUGCCCUGCAACAACACUUGCUUCAUAA